GGAGCCUCUGGGUUUUGUCUGGAUCUGAAUCGGACUCUUGACGUGUGGAGAGAAGUGAACCACAUGUGAGAGCAGCUGUGGCGUGUGAGCGUGUUUCAGGAGCAAAGUGAUGUGGGAGCAACAUCAAACAUGGAGCAGAAUAUUUUUAGGAGCUUCUUCUCCACCUCCACCUCGUGUCUCUCUCUCCUCUCUCUCCUCUCUUUGACUGCCCCUCUCUCGCGGCUGCUCUCUUUUCUCUCUCCUCUUCUCGUCUCUCAGCCUCUCGCCACAUGCAGCAGCUCUCAGGCUGUGAGGAAGACGAGUAGGAUGAAGAGGCUCAGACGGGAGAACACAUCGACUCGGUUUUCUCUUCUCCUCUCUGAAGGAUUCUUGUGCCGCUCUGGGAUUAUUUUGAACUUUGCUGAACGUUGUCACUCUUGUCGUCUCUGAAAGUUGGACGGACGAGCGAGAGGGCGACGCUGUCCUGUCGUUUUCCACACGGAGACAUGAAGACGCAUCAUGAAGACAUGGACGGCAGCUUCUGCAGCCACGUGCUUCCAUCAGAGACUCUAACAUGAUACAUGUCUUUUUCUUUCAAACCAGGAAUCAUCCUCAAACUUCAAACUUAUCCAUCGAUCAACUAUCAGAACAUUGACAAUGAAAUGAUGAGUGAUUCAUUGUUUCAUCUUCGCUCCUGAAUAAAUAGAACUCCUACCUCUUCUCAAGGUCCUUUUUUAACUGGAUCACAUGGUCGUCAUGGAACUGAAAACGUCACAGACUUCUCCACGUCUUCUUUGAUGAUUGUGAAGUUCCAAGGUUUGUAGUGACUGAAGCUUUGUUGCUUCCUCCGGUGGAAACUGAAGCUACAGGAUGUGAACGAUCAAACACGUCCAACUUGAUCCUCGUGUCCUGAUUCGUCUGAAGACAACACUUUUUAUAACUUUCAAGAUUUUGUGUGUGUGAUGAGACAAAAGUAAAUAAAACAAAGGGAUUUUAGUUUAUUGCGUUUGCGUAAGUGAAAGUUUUGGAAGCACGGACACAUGAACAUCACUCAGCUGCUUCUUGUUCUGGAGCCGUUUCUCAUCAUGAAGUCAUUUAAACCAGAAAAAACGUCUCCUCUGACUCUCGCUGGAUUCCACCAGCCUGACGGACAUGUCUUCUGAUCUGAACUAAAACGUGAACAUCCUCAGAUAUUUUGUCCUCGGUGGCUUCGUCCACCUCUCGGGGAGAUGGCCGCGGCCAUCGCCAGCUCCCUGAUCCGACAGAGGCGUCAGGCCCGCGAGUCAAACAGUGAGAAGGUCACCACCAACAAGAGACGCUCGAGUCCCAGUAAAGACCCGAGGUCUGUGUGCGAGAGACACAUCUUCAGCGUCUUCAGCAAAGUUCGCUUCUGCAGUGGAAAGAAAAGACCUGUUCGCCGAAAACCAGAGCCGCAGCUGAAGGGCAUCGUGACUCGUCUCUUCAGCGAGCAGGGCUUCUUCCUGCAGAUGCAGCCUGAUGGAAACAUCAGCGGCAACAAGGACGAGAACAGCGACUACACUCUGUUCAACCUGAUCCCUGUGGGUCUGAGGGUCGUGGCGAUGCAGGGAGUGAAGGCUGGACUGUACGUGGCGAUGAACGCAGAGGGAUUCCUCUACACAUCAGAUGUGUUCACAGCAGAGUGUAAGUUCAAGGAGUCAGUGUUUGAGAACUACUACGUCAUCUACUCCUCCACGCUGUACCGGCAGCACGAGUCGGGCCGGGCCUGGUUCCUGGGCCUCAACAAGGACGGCCUCAUCAUGAAGGGAAACCGAGUGAAGAAAACCAAACCCUGCUCGCACUUCGUCCCCAGACCCAUCGAAGUGUGCAUGUAUAAGGAGCCGUCGCUGCACGAACUCGAGGAGAAGCUGCUGAAAUCCUCACGGAGCCCGACCAUGAACGGCGAGGAGCGAGCAAGGGGCCUGGAUCAGCAGGAGCAGCCGCAGGACGACGUCACAGAGCAGGAUGGGUCAUAGCCUGCAGCGCCCCCCGCAGGAGGAGGAGGCGAACUCCCAUUUGAACACUCCCUCUGUUCAGCAACAACUACAACCACACCAACAACCGCCACGAUGACGGCGACAACAAUGAAAACAAAGAAAAACAGAAGCUUAAAAAAAACAAAACAAAAAUCUUUGCUCAUGACGAAAUCUUUUAAAUGUAUCGGGGGCGGGGCUUGUUUGAAAAUGAGGACGUUGAUGAUGAUGAUUUACAUUUUAUGCAAAAAUCCCUGCUGAGAGAAGGCGGGAGGCAGCACACCUACUCUUCAUCACCACAUUGUAAUCAUCAUCAUCGUCAACAUCGUCACGCUGAUGACAAAAUGUUUUCCGAGUCGAGCGAGCGCUCAGAACUUCAAAGCUUUAAGCCAUGUAGAAACUUCACUUCCUGUCAUCAAAUGAAUGCAAUCACUUUCGCACUUUCGACAUGUCACGCUUCUUCUUCUUCUACUUGUUCUUCUUCUCCGUGUUGUUCUGUCCAAUCAGAGAGAAGAGUUUUUCUGUUGUAUCUUCUGCAGCAGCCACAUCUUGUUUGGUUUUUCUCACUUUCUUUUGUCGGGGAGUCGUAGGUUCAGGCGCUGCCCAUUAAAGGGUCCGAGGGAAACAAAACCUGAGGAACUUCCUGUUCGGUUCGGACCGGGGUCGUUUCCUCUGGUGGAGGUCAGUCGUGGUCGCUGUGGUUUAACCUGACCCGGUAAUGCAGCCAAAUCACGUGAACUUCACAAUCCUGCCAAUCAUUUUAUUGAUCCUGCAUCAGUUUUUACAGUGAGUUCUGAUUAUCAUAAAGUGGAAACGAUAAAGUCAGAGGUUCAAUAAAAAACGAAUUCAUGUUUUGA